AUGGUAAUGCAGUUUCAGGGGUUAGAAAAUCCAAUUCAAAGUAGUCCUCGCCAUAGACAUGCAUCAUCAGGAUUUAUUAUGGAAAUGAUGAACAUGAAGCCUGAUAAAGGUGUACUAACAGAGCAAGCAGCAGGACCUUUGGGACAGAAUCUAGAAGUAGAGCCAUACUCACAAUACAACAAUGUUCCGUUUCCGCAAGUUCAGCCACAGAUUUCCUCGUCAUCCUAUUAUUCCAACCUGGGUUUCUAUCCCCAGCAGCCCGAGGAGUGGUAUUCUCCUGGAAUAUAUGAACUCAGGCGAAUGCCAGCAGAGACUCUCUACCAAGGAGAGAUUGAGGUAGCAGAGAUUCCUGUAACAAAAAAGGCCCGAAUGAGUGCAUCCGCAGGGAGAAUAAAAGGGGAUGAAUUAUGUGUUGUUUGCGGAGACAGAGCAUCUGGUUACCAUUAUAAUGCACUGACCUGUGAGGGCUGCAAAGGUUUCUUUAGGAGAAGCAUUACCAAAAAUGCCGUGUACAAGUGUAAAAAUGGGGGCAACUGUGUGAUGGACAUGUACAUGCGAAGAAAAUGCCAAGAAUGUCGCCUAAGGAAAUGCAAAGAGAUGGGAAUGUUGGCUGAAUGUAUGUAUACAGGCUUGUUAACGGAAAUUCAGUGUAAAUCUAAACGACUAAGGAAAAACGUGAAGCAGCAUGCAGAUCAGACCAUUAAUGAAGACAGUGAAGGUCGGGAUUUGCGACAAGUGACCUCGACAACCAAGUCAUGCAGGGAGAAAACUGAACUCACCCCAGAUCAACAGAAUCUUCUGCAUUAUAUUAUGGAUUCAUACAGCAAACAGAGGAUGCCUCAGGAAAUAACAAAUAAAAUUUUGAAAGAAGAAUUCAGUGCAGAAGAAAACUUUCUCAUUUUAACUGAAAUGGCAACUAGUCAUGUACAGAUUCUCGUAGAAUUCACAAAAAAACUGCCAGGAUUUCAGACUUUGGACCAUGAAGAUCAAAUUGCUUUGCUGAAGGGGUCUGCAGUUGAAGCUAUGUUCCUGCGUUCAGCUGAGAUUUUUAAUAAGAAACUUCCAGCUGGACAUGCUGACCUAUUGGAAGAAAGAAUUCGGAAGAGUGGUAUCUCUGAUGAAUACAUAACACCUAUGUUUAGUUUUUAUAAAAGCGUUGCAGAAUUGAAAAUGACUCAAGAAGAGUAUGCUCUGCUUACGGCAAUUGUUAUCCUCUCUCCAGACAGACAAUACAUAAAGGACAGAGAAGCGGUAGAGAAGCUCCAGGAACCACUGCUUGAUGUGCUCCAGAAGUUGUGUAAGAUUUAUCAGCCUGAAAAUCCUCAACAUUUUGCCUGUCUGCUGGGCCGUUUGACUGAGCUGCGGACAUUUAAUCAUCACCACGCAGAGAUGCUGAUGUCCUGGAGAGUAAAUGACCACAAGUUUACCCCACUUCUCUGCGAAAUCUGGGAUGUGCAGUGACGAACACUGCAGGGGCAACAGCAUCUAGUUCUUGAUUUUCCUCAUAAUAUAAAUCUGAUGUACAACUUUCUUUUAUUUCAUUUGUACCUGGUCUCACACAAGAAUUUUGACAAAUAUUUAUGCAGUAAUUACAUAACUUCCACAGUUGUAAAUAUAGAGCUAGAUAGGAUGACUUUCUUUACAUUGUAUUUUAUAAGGCUUCAGGGAAUCUUUCAUUCUAAUUGGCAUGCCCUGUUUGCCUAAUUAAAUUGAUCAUUCUUUACCUCUGUCUGUUGAAAUAGGGAAAAUUUCAUUUUGCUCUUAUCUUACCUUAUUUGCGUACAUUUUAUCAAAGAGCUGGUUUCAAUUUUGGCAAUAAAUUGAACAUAAUGGCAACAGGCUUCUCUUUUGGAACAAAAUUUGAAAAAUAUACAAACUCAUUUCUUUAAAUGGUGAAUCACAUCCUAAUGGGCCUGAUGUGUAUCUGGGA